AUGACCGCAAUAACAUUUACCCAAACCACACCACCGCCCUUCAUAGCCCCAAGUAAGCGAAUUCCUGGCAUCUUUCAAGUGAAAGCGCCUCGCUGGCCAAGUGGUUACGGCGUCAAGUUAUGUAUCCUUCGUCUAGGAGCACCGACGUUAAACUGCCCCCUAUACCACUGGGAGACGUGCACCCUGUAACCCGAGUUUGAAUGUGGGAGGAGACCCUAGGAUUUGCCUACCUAGGGAGAGUCGCACCACUGCGGCAUAGGGGGGAGACUUACGGAUCUGCGGAGACGUGCUGGUGGCUCAGACACUAGUAGAUCCCGAACUCCUCUUUGCAGUUUAUUUUUCUGGGGUCUAUGGUUUUUUUUAGACGCUGUAGUGUUGUAGUGUUGUAGUGUUGUAGUGUUGUAGUGUUGUGGUGUUGUGGGUUGUGGGGGGAGGAAUCUUUUUGGAACUUUUGGGUGUUUUUGGAUGGCGAUUAUAUAUUGUGUGUGGUGUUGUGGCGUUGAGGGAUGGUUGGUUGCUUUCAAGUGAAGUAUGUCAAUAGUGACUCAGGGGCAAAUCUCGCUUAAUUGUGAAGCUGGGUUGGUGAAUGCGAAAAUCCAAAAUACAUUGGCCGAGAACGCCAUAAUUUGUUUACCACUAAGAACUACGUCGAUAUCAUGUAAGCUAAAUAUCCUUUGACGCGCUUCCGCUGCUAGGAUCUUACUUCAUCAACAACCUCAAUCCCAACCACAUUAAUCAACCCAUAGUUGCAGCACGCAACAUAACCGCUAUUCUCGCAAUUACAAAAUUAGCGCACGAAAUCCACGAAAUCUCAGAACCUCUAUCUGACAGACUUAUCAAUCCUUUCGUAACCACCAAGUCCGCUGAACUAUUGACAUCAAUGGCGUAAGAAACCCCCUCACGGCCAUAACAAGCAAAGACUGACAUCCGCAGUGGUUCCAGAAAGCCUCCCCCAAUCCCGGAAAGUCCAACAGCAGAGAGAUUGGAGAGCGCCAUCAACCGUCUCCGAAAAUGCAUGGAAGUUGAUCUCGAGCGACGCAUCAGUUAUGCAAAGACGAGAGCAGACGAACGACGUCGCGCGAGUCUGAAUUUUGUCCCCAGCCAUCGGCCCAGAAUCGCAUCUCCAUUGACGAAAUCUGUGGUAUCUAGCCAAAUGAAAAGUUUGGGGGGUAUGUAAUCUGUUCUGUCAUGAGCCUGGAGUGAAGCUGAGAAAUUGUAGAUGACACAUACGAUGCUACAAACAAUGACAGCAUCAUUGUUCGACCACCCGAAACCCCGCGGCGCCCCGCUGGUCAUAACGGACGUGGAGGAGACGAUGAUGGUAUGCAAACCAGGAAGACAGACCAUCGGAUUAAUAAGCUAAACAAAGAAUAGACAAUUCUUCCGACAACGACAGUGUCAUAGUCAAACCUUCCUCCGCUCGAAAAGAGCUCCUUCUGGCACAACACGAUUCGGUACAAAGUCUCAGUAACCAGACCGCUGGAAAUCUCGAGAAGAGAAAGGAGCUGUUCAUGUCCGAUCUUCGUCUUCUUGAACAGCGUUGUCGUGGUCUGGCUCAGGAAUCGGAAUUGGUAUUCGGAGAUGGUGCGUCUUGGUUGGAGGAGGUAUCUGCUAAGUUUCGUCGCAUGUCUUAUAAGGCUACGGGGGAGAUGAAGGAUCAACUUGAUGAUUUGAAGUGA